AUGAAGACCUUCGCCGUUGCCUCCCUCGCCGCUGCCGCCGCCGCCAUGCCCGGCGCCAAUGAAGCGCGCGAGACGACCAACUCCGAUAUUACAAACUUUGAGAUUCUCCCCCUGCGCUCGGCCAGUGACAUCCACUUUGCGCGCAUCAGCGCCGCCAAGAGCAGCCUGUUCGCCAAGCUACCCGAGCAGGACGCCUCGUGCCUCGCGGGCGUCGACGGCAACCAGCCCGCUGCCUUCCAGAUCAACAGCGAGGACAAGACCCUCUGGCUCUACGCCUCCGGCAACCCCCGCCAGCAGAUCUACGUCGACCGCUCGGGCAUGGGCCAGGGCAAGAUUGGCUACACCACCGGCGCCGAGCCCGCUCCCCGCAACGCUGAGCGCGAGGGCUGGGUUAUUAACGCCGAUGGCAACCUCCAGUUCAACGGCACUGACCUGACGGCUUGCCCUAACAGUAUCGAUGGCGCCUGGAGCAUCUGGCUGAGCGGUGCCAGCAACCCCGGCGGCAAUGAGGGCUGCCUGGGUUUCUCUGCCCGCGCCGGCAAGGUCGAGAAGCCUAACGACUGUCAGUACACCUCUUAA